AUCAUAAUUUUAAGAACUUUUUUAUAUCCGACUCUCUCUCUCUCUCUCUCUCUCUCUCGCUUAUCUGCUUGCAGCGGAGUGAAAAAUGAGCAGCUUAACUACGUGCUCAACAACAACGGCUCGACUACUUACACUUCCAGUACGACAUCGUUUUAGAGACCCCUCGAGAAGCACUCUGGUCCUUAAACCUCCGCCCAAAUGUCCAAGAAUCGUUUGCAUGGCCGAGCCCUAUUUGAUAACUAAACUGGAAUCUGCCGAGAAGACUUGGAAAGAAUUAUCGGUCAAGCUAGCUGAUCCAGAUGUUGUCUCAAAUCCUAGUGAGUACCAAAAGCUGGCACAAUCUGUGGCAGAGCUUGACGAGGUUGUGUCAACCUUUAGAACGUUCAAGGACUGUGAGAAACAAUUAGAAGAGAGCAAGGUUUUAGCAAAAGAGGAAGGAAAUGAUGAGGAUAUGGCAGAGAUGAUAGCAUAUGAAAUUAACUCCUUAUCCAGUCAACUCAAAGAACUUGAGGAGAAGCUUAAGGUGCUACUUAUCCCAAGUGAUCCUCUUGAUGCGAGAAAUAUAAUGCUUGAAGUGAGGGCUGGUACUGGUGGUGAUGAGGCUGGACUUUGGGCUGGUGACCUUGUUCGUAUGUAUCAAAAGUACUGUGAGCGGAACUCUUGGAAGUUUGCUCCAUUAUCAAGCUCUGAGGCUGAAAAGGGAGGAUUCAAAACCUAUGUGAUGGAGGUAAAAGGAAAUCGUGUUUACAGCAAAUUAAAAUAUGAGUCUGGAGUUCAUCGGGUUCAACGUGUUCCUCAAACAGAGGCACAGGGUCGUGUGCAUACUUCCACUGCAACAGUUGCCAUUAUGCCUGAGGCAGAUGAAGUUGAGGUGGUAAUUGACCCAAAGGAUAUUGAACUGACAACAGCUAGAUCUGGGGGUGCUGGAGGGCAGAAUGUUAACAAGGUUGAGACAGCUGUUGAUCUUAUUCAUAAACCAACGGGAAUUCGCAUCUUUUGUACUGAAGAGAGGACUCAGCUUCAGAACAGGACACGGGCCCUUCAGCUGCUUCGAGCAAAAUUGUAUGAGAUAAAAAUGAGGGAGCAGCAAGAAUCGAUUAGGAAUCAACGUAAAUUACAGGUUGGCACUGGCGCUCGUGCAGAAAAGAUUCGGACGUACAAUUACAAGGACAACAGAGUUACCGACCACCGGUUAAAGGUGAACUUUGAGCUCACCUCUUUUCUUGAUGGUGAUAUAGAGGAUGCAGUUCAGUCUUGUGCCUCCACGGAGCAGAAGGAACUCCUGGAAGAGCUUGCUGAAUCUGUCGGUGCCUCAGCUGGCUGAUUUCCAGCAUUUUGUGGGGGCAUAUGGUUGGGGAAAAUCGUGCUCUUAGACAUAAUACUCAUGAGGGAACUUUUGAUGGAAAUACAUGUUAAAAAGAGAAAUUUACUAGGUAACGUAUAGAGCAAGAUCUAUGAUUAUUUGCUGUCUUGUACACAUUGAAUAGGAAAAUGCACACUUCAAUUUGUAAAAUUCUUUAUUCUAUUUCAUUUAUAUCAGAAGUCACAUGUUGAACUGAA